AUGUCACGAUUUUACCGUUCCCAGGUGCCGGUCAUGAAGCGCAUGAUCCAGGAUUCCGGCAUAGACGAGGAGACCUUCAACAGGCUUUUCAUGACGAAUAUGGUGAACGCGUUCCGCCACCGACACCAGCCGCCGGCCAACGGCGCGGCGGUCACGUUCGAUGUGCUGUACUACCUCGCAGAGAAAGAUACCUGGGCCCAGCUGUGGCCGCAACAAGACUUUCCCGGUGUCGAUCCCCGCCGGGGGAACUACGAGUCCCGGCUCGUGGACCUGCUCUUCAAGGCCUUGGAGGGGGGGACCGCGAACGAGGAGGUCCAGAGGGUGUGGAUGAGGUGUCUGGAAGCUGCGAUCAGGGAGGACGCGGACUGGGGGAUGGAGGUGGUGCAGUACGGAACCGAGAAGGCGUUUUGGGAGGUCUAUUGGAGUGAUGCGGGCGAGUUUGAAGGUGUAGAUCCCCGAGGGGAGGAGGCUGGGGAGGUUACGCGAGGGGAGGGUGCGAUAUCCGCGGCGAGGUAA